AAUGCCAUAAAACAGUCUAGAUAUUUUUUACUACUUGUAUAAAUGGUAGUUUCAAUCGAUAUCAGUGAUUAAUUUGAUAAAAAAACGUAAAACAAAUCACAAUUUAUUGUUGAUUAAUUCAUAAACAAAGAAACGAUAUUUUUUAAAUGAAAAAAUACAGUUAUUUAGUAUGAAAAAUGAUUGAUCAAAGCUCACGUUAUUAUCAACAGGAUGAUCGUAGCUGUUGCUCUGAUGAUUCAGGAAGUGAUGUCUUUAGAUGUGUGCCAAGAAAUAGAACAGCAUUUUUUACUUGGAAAAUUGAGGGAUUACGAGCAAUAUCAGUACCACGUAAUAAAAUUGGCUAUUUUUAUUCUGAAUCAGCGUAUAUUAUUUAUACUGUAUCAUCAAAAGAAUGUCUACCUUAUCCAGGAAUACCAUCAAAAGAUAUAAAAGGCAACAAUUCAGUUCGUGCAAUUCAUUUUUGGAUUGGAAGUAGUUGUGAUUCAACAGUAUCUGGUGCAGCUGCACUUCGUGCUGCUGAACUUGAUUCACAAGUAUGUGCAUCAUUAUUAUUUCGUGAAUCAGAAGGACGUGAAUCAUCACGUUUUUUAUCAUAUUUUCGUCAAGAAUUAAUUAUUGAACGUAUUCAUAAUGAUCAACCAGUAGUUACACUUCAUCGUGUAACUGGUUUAUCAAUACCAAUUUUAACUGAAUUAGAACAAGUAUGUUGGGAUAAUUUUUCAUCAAAUGAUGUUAUGCUUUUAAUUAUACAAUCACAAGGUGUUAUAUUUGUAUGGAUUGGUUCUGGAUCAAGUGCACUCCAUAAACGUCAUGCAUUACGUAUAUUAGAAGAACAAAAAGACAGCAAUGACAAUAUUAAAAUAGUUAUUGUUGAUGAUGGCUAUGAACAAACACUAUCAUUAAAUGAUAAAAAUUUAUUUGAUAAAUUUUUAGAUCCAAAUGAACGUUCUGUAUUACCACAACCACCAAGAAAAAUAUAUCAACCAUCACCAAUAAAACUUUAUAAAUGUAGUGAACAAUCAGGAAAAUAUAAAGUUGCUGAAUUAAAAUCAGGACCAAUAUUUAGAAAUGAUUUAAUAUCAAAUUCUGUAUUUUUAAUUGAUCGUGGUGAAGCUGGUGUUUGGGCAUGGGUUGGUCGUGAAGUUGAUGCACGUGAAAAAUUAGAAGCUGUUAGAAAUGCAAGAGGUUUUGUUAAAAAAAAAAAUUAUAGUUCAAGUGUACCAGUUGCAAGAGCAAUUGAAAAUGAAGAACCAAUUGAAUUAAAAACAUUAAUUAAAUCAUGGGAACCAGCUAAAAUAAGACCAUUAACACUUCCACCAUCAUUUGAACCAGAAUACAUGAAUGAAAGACCAAAAAUGGCUGCUGAAUGUCAACUUGUUGAUGAUGGAAGUGGAAAAAAAAUAUUAUGGAGAGUCAGUAUAAAAGAUGGUAUCAUUGAAGUUAAUGAAAUGAGUCAUAUGAAUGGAAUUUAUUUUGCUGGAUGUUGUUAUAUUAUGAAAUAUAUUUAUGGCACCGGAAGAAGAGAAAAAAUAAUUGUUUAUUGUUGGGAGGGAGCUCAUUCAUCAAGUGUUGAUAGAAAAACUGCACUUGAAGCAGCAUGCAGAAUUGCUGAAGAUACUAAUGGACAACUAGUCAAAGUAUCACAAGGCUUUGAACCUCCACAUUUGUUACAAAUUUAUGGUGGAAAACUUCGUAUUCUUGCUGGGCAACAUCAAGAGACAGCUCCCAAGAAAUAUUUAGUUCGAGUAUUUGGUUCAACACCAUACACAUCAAAAGCUGUAGAAAGACCACUUCGUCCAAGUUCCUUAGAUUCUGGUGGUGUAUUUAUACUUUAUUCAAAUUCACCAGUUGUUUGGUGUGGUGAACGAAGUACUGGUGAUGCUAGAGAGGCAUCUCGUCGUCUUGCUCCAUCAACAGCACCACUUAUUUGUGAGGGAAAAGAAGAUGAUGAAUUUUGGCAUCAACUUGGUGGAAAAGGACAUUAUGAUUCGGAGACAAAUGAAAUUGGAAUUGACAUGGAUAAACAUUUAUAUGAGUGUAAAAUAAUUGACGGUAUAUUUAUCGGUGAUGAGGUACUUGGUUUUACACAAAAUAGUUUAUUACCAGAAGCAGCUUGGCUUUUAGUAACAGGAAGUGUUAUAUGGGUGUGGUUGGGUAAUUACUCACAGUCAAAAAGCAUUGAACGUUGUGUUGAAAAUGCAGCAACAUUUUUAUAUACACAUCCAGCUGGACGUGAUAGAAAUACAAUAAUAUCAAUAAUAAAACAAGGCUAUGAGCCAUCAACAUUCAUUGGAUUAUUUGAAAAUUGGAAUCACAAUCAUUUACGUGAUUACACACCUUUUGAACAAUCAAAAAUGUCACUACAAGGAAAAGAACCAGUAACAACUUAUAUUACAACUGAUAAAUUAUCAUCUGACUUUGAUGGAUUUGUAAAAUAUCCAUUGAGAAUAUUGAGAAAUGAGCCAGAACAUUUACCAACUGGUAUUGAUGUAUUUAAAAAAGAAAUGCAUCUUACUUAUGAUGAUUUUAUAUCAAUAUUUAAAAUGAAUCCAUCUGAAUUUGAUAAACUUCCUGCAUGGCGACGUCAACGACUAAAACAAGCAGCUGGUUUAUUUUAAUAAAAAUAUAUAAAUUAAAUUAAUCAAUACUUUUAAAAGAUAAGAAAAAAAAAAAUUAAUUAUUAUAAAAUAACUUGAUUAUUUGUUGAAUAAAUGUAUCAUGUUUUAUUACUUAUCCAAAAAACAAAAAAAAAAGAAAAAAAAAAAAACCAAAUCCACUGUUUAAUUAAAUGAUUAUUUAAAUAUAAAAAGAAAUAAUGGGAUAUUAAAUAUUAUAUUCCCUUGAAUGUUUAUGAUGAUGUAUCCAUUGAUUCUGUUUGAAUUUUUCUUACUGAUUCAGUUUCAAUGAUUA